UUUAUAAGUUUCUCAAGACUUCUCUCCAUGCCACAGUUCAAAAAGCACACAACCCCUUGGGGUGGAAGGAGGAGGGAGACAAACAAAUACUUUCACUUCUCUUUUCCUGGCCUGGGAGGAGCCCUCCCGGGUGAGUCAGUCCUAACAGGAUUGCUGCUCUGGGCUCUCCGGUCAGACCAGGCAGCGGCAGCUCGUCCCAGCUGGGGAGUCGGGAGAUCAGAGGGUACUGGAGGCCCAGGCAGGGCCUGGAGCACAAUGGCCGUUGAGAACCCUGACCUCACUGCCAGUGUUUCUGGAGAAGAACAGGAUAUGGACGAAAGGUUUUUCUAUGAAACUAUAUUCAAUCACUUCAAAAAGCAUAAAGUGGAAAUUUCGCAUGCAAUAAAGAAGACAUUUCCUUUCUUAGAGGCCCUCCGUGACCGUGACUUCAUCACCAAUCAAAUAUAUAACUAUUCUCAAGAAUCAUGUAAACACCUGGUCCCUGUUCAAAAUGUGGUAUAUAAUGUUCUGAAUGAACUAGAGAAGAACUUUGAUCUGCAACUUUUGGAGACAUUGUUCAGUGAUAUCAACAUGAAAGAAUACCCGGAUUUAAUUCACAUUCGCAGAACCUUUGAAAAUGAGGUCAGAAACAAAUUAGGUUUACCAGACAGUGAUGGAGAAGAAACGGAGGAGAGACAUAACAUCCCACUAAGUCUUGAGCAAGGAACUGAAGGAAACAUUUUUCGAAGCUUGACCUGGCCACAGUCAGGUUCCUCGUCUGACGCUGGGACAACGCUACCUGGAAAUGGAAUCCCAGAGCAUGUCAGUGAUGGAGAGCAAAUGAACAUGAAGACAGAAAUUUCGACCUGCAACCCAAAUGACGUACAAAGAGCAGAACAAGCCACCAACAAAUGUGUCCAAGAGUUCGUCCCAGCAGAAACGGCCUCCUGUGACAUGCACAGGCAGGGUACACCCCUGCCUGAAAAUGGACUCUCAGAGCAUAUUUAUGAAGCAGAAGAGAUAGAAGAGACAACUGGUGAAAAAAAUGCACAAGAAAACCAACAAGCAAAUAAAAAAUGUGCCCAGGAGUCUGAGCCAGCAGAGUCCUGCAAACAAAUACCUAACCAAGUGGACAAUGGAGAUACAGGAAAGAAGAUGCUCAGUAAAGUGCCUUGUGAUGGAGAAAGGACAGAGCUACUCAGCAAUGGAAUCCAAAUUAAUUCCUGUUCUGUGCCUCUGGUGGACAUAAAGAAGGAAAAGCCAUUUUUUUACUCACAAGUUGGUCGGCGAGCUGAAGCAACCACAUGUGACGUGAUAGUCAUCAGUAGUGAGGACUCGGCGGAGGAGCUCAGUGACGAAGAUGAGGCCCUGGAAGUCUACACCUCAGCCGCGGAAGACGAACAUGUGAUCAAUGGCCUUUUGGAAUUAAGUGAAGGAGAAGAGCUCCAAGAAGUCACUUGCUCACGACCCCAGAUUGUACCAGAGACCGUGGGUUUCAAACCAUUAACUGUCAACAGAAAAAGCCCUAGGAAACGAUUGAUGGAACAUAACUGUGACUCUUCAGACUCCAGUGACAAUGAGGCACCCCCAGAAGCCUUGGGUUCUGCACGGAGGAGGAAACUUGGUGAGAAAGAUCCUGUGGGUGAUGGAAACACAUUUAUUUGGAGGAUGCGCAAUGCGAAAAAAUGGAUUGGCAGUGGUGAUUCUUCAGAAUGGAGUAACAGAGAAGAGUCUUGGGAAACCUGUAGCUCAGCCCUAAGAAGUGGGUCAGGAGCAGAGCUACCAAGACCUGAAAAUAAGAACUGUUCCUGUGUCAUGUGUUCCACAGAAGAUGUGCCAAGUGGCCAAGGAGCAAGGACUGAAAGCAGCUACGCACCUGACUUUACGGGUAAGAAGAGAAGACACAUACAUCAAGUCAACCAUCUCAGAAGGAAGAAAUGGGGAAAGAGAGGCAGGCCUAGAAUCCCCUCAACUCUGAGAAACAAAGUCCCAAGGAAAAGAGUCCGACCAAGAGGUAAAAACAUCAUUUUAAAAGUGCCAAGGAAUGCUUUUAUGCCUCAACUGCAGAGCCAAGGGGUCGCAAGAGAGGUUCUGAACUGCAAAACUGCAGCUUUUUCAGAGAGAGAAAGAAUCAACACUGGACCUAUAAAAAGAAGAAGAAGAAAGGGUCCAAGAAUUCCCAGAGACAAAAAUAUAAAUUUUCAACUUGAUCAACUUCCUGUGACCUGUGGCAAGGUGAAGGGGACUCUGUACAAGGAUAAAUUAAAACUCGGAAUCUCAGUGAAGUGCAUACAGAGUGAAGAUGGGAGAUGGUUCACUCCCAGGGAAUUUGAAAUUGAAGGAAAUUACAAACGGUCCAAGAAUUGGAAGUUGAGUUUACGCUGCGGUGGAUGGCCCCUGAAGUGGCUGAUCCAGAAAAGAUUUCUGCCAGAGCCACCAAGAACAUGGAAAAAGAAUGUUAAGCAACGCCUGGCUACAGCGUGUGGAGCUCCUAAACCAGCGACUUCCAUGCCGAAUGGAUUCCAGAGAACACUGGAGAACAACAAAAACACAUCACCUGACCCUUACCCAGGAAACUCAAACACUUGUGCAGUGUGCAGCCGAUGGGGACGCCUGUACUGCUGCGAUACUUGCCCAAGGUCCUUCCAUCAGGACUGCCAUAUCCCACCUGUGGAAACAGAGAGGGACCCAUGGAACUGCAUUUUCUGCAGGGUAGGGGCUAUCCAGAAAAGGUACCCAGAAAGCCAACCAUGUCAUCAGGAACUUGAGGUGCUGAUGAGGCUGAUGCAGCCUGAGGAACAGCUGAAAUGUGAGCUGCUCCUCUUGAAGAUCUAUUCUCACCCCAAAAGCCUCUUUUUUGCCCCAAAGCCAUUUUACAGCAGAGACUCAGCCCAGGGCCUGCAGGAGCCCAUGUGGUUAAACAGAAUCAAGAAGAGGCUGGCCGAGAAGGCGUACUCCCGGGUGAAGGGCUUUGUGCAGGAUGUGCGCCUCAUCUUUAAGAACCACAAGGCGUUUUACAGGGGCCGAAAAUUCCUCGGGCUGGGACUUCAACUAGAGGCUGAAUUUGAGAAGAAUUUUAAAAACAUUUUUGCAAUUCAGGAAAGAAGCAAUGACCGUUUUCAGUUACAGCCCACUGUUUUGUUAAUAUAGACCUUUGCUUUCGUUUAUAUUCUUUCUUUCUUUCAUGAGAAAGAGGUGAAAAGAGACCAAGAAUGAGGCCUUGACAGACUCCUCCACGCAGCAGUCCUUCCUAUAGGCACUCCGUCAGACAGAAUCGCGGGUGCUCAGCAUAUUCGAGUUGAUCUGGGAUCUGAACCUGGAUCUUCUCUGUGACUCUGAUGUUGUGUGACAGUGCCCCACUGCCUGUGCCACUGCAGCUGGGGCCUAUGUAGCCAAUUCCUGUCUACUCCCUUCAGACUUAUACCAUUAGCAGGACAACGUGCCCAAGAUGCCAUAAUUGCUUUGCCUAUUCCUGUGCAAACAUCAUACUGCUUUUUAAAAGCUUGGUUGUUGUUGCUCUCAUUCCUGAUCACUUAUUUUUCUAAAUAAAAGUUAAAGUUGUUUUGA